GUAUUCGGAGAAGCGGAACGAAGGCCACUACAUCGAACUCCCUCUUCACGAACUAGAGAAGAAAUACGGGGAUACAGAAGAAGGCCGACGCUUUCUUCAAGAAGAUAUCCUGGCGAAACAGUCUGGGCGGGAGCAUCCGCAAGCAAAAGGCAGUGCCUCCUGGAGGUUGUAUAAGGUGUAUGAGUACGGAAAGGAGAUCAGUGCAAACGUGAACAAGGUGGGCACAAAGACCACAGCCAGGAAGCGGAUCGGAAAAGCCGACGAAACCACGAAAAAGAAGCUCGGGGAGAUCAUGACUUCCCAAGCUGCCGACUUUGUGAAGGGUCUGGACGACAAGGGGAAUAAGAAAGCUACAAAAGAGCCCAAGGUUCUGACGGAUGAAGAAGUGAGGAAACGUGAUUUUGAUAAGACGAUGAGCCAGAUCAACGAAUGCGUCUUCGCAGGGUACGAGGAUGAGUAUGUUUACCAGAAGGUGGAGGAGAAACGAGCCGAGAUCGAGGCCGCCAACAAGGCCGUCCUCUCAGCAGAGGAUAUCGUUGCCGGCCACUAUCGCUUGAACUCAGAGAGAAAGAAAGCAGAAAAGGCAGCUGUCAAAGAUGGCGGUGCUACGGAUGCUGAGUACGAAAGCAGCUGGGACACCGAAGCGUGGGAUUCCUCAGCUGCCGCAGCGCCGGCCAAACGAGCCCGCCGCGCCUAA